CUACAUGUUGACGGCUCAUCAGUGCCACGGAGAGUGUAAUCGCACAAGGCUGCACGUUCUUACGGGCGUCGUAUCGAAUGCCGGCAGCCGCGUGUUCUUUCCUUUUCCAUAGUGAUAAUUUCGACCGUCAACGAGUAUUGUUUUUUUUUCAUUUUACCCAACCACGGUAAAAACGACGACGCGCCCCAUCAUGUCGUCCCUCGCCAUGGUCCAAUGUUCGCGGAGAUCGUUACCCGUCGCCGCAGCGCUGAUCGGACGGUUCCGGUUCCAGUGCCAGCAGCGAUGGUGCUCGGGUCCCGCGAAGGUCCGUGGCAAGUACGCACGCGUCACCGACGCCGACGUGCAUCACUUCAGGUCGCUGCUGGGCGAGUCGAACGUGUUGACCGGCCGUCAAAACGUCGGGCCGUACAACGUGGACUACUUGAAACACGUGUCCGGUGAGAGCGGAUUGGUGUUAAAACCGAAAACCACGAAGGACGUGUCGGAAAUAUUGAAGUACUGCAACGGAAGGAACAUAGCUGUAUGCCCCCAGGCGGGCAACACGGGCAUGUCAGGCGGCAGCGUGGCGAUGUUCGACGAGGUGGUCUUAUCCACGCAGCGAAUGAACAGUAUAAUUAAUUUCGAUCCCGUCUCCGGAGUGUUGGUGUGCCAGGCGGGCUGCGUGCUCGAGUCGCUGAUGAACCACGUGGAGAGUCACGGGUACAUGAUGCCAUUGGAUUUAGGGUCGAAGGGUAGUUGUCAAAUUGGCGGCAACGUGUCGACCAACGCCGGUGGCAUACGCGUCAUACGGUACGGCACGCUGCAGGGGUGCGUCCUGGGCCUGGAAGCCGUAACCGCAGAUGGUACGAUAUUAGACUGUGUAAAUACUAUGAGGAAAGACAACACUGGAUAUCAUUUGAAACAUUUAUUCAUUGGUUCGGAAGGAACUUUGGGUGUUAUCACUAAAGUAGCGAUAUUGUGUCCACGUCUCCCGAAGCAUGUAAAUAUAGCAUUUAUCGGGUUGGAUAGUUACGAUAAAGUACUACAAUUGUUCUCAAUUGCUCGGGCCGAGUUCGGGGAAACCCUUUCGUCGUUUGAACUCAUGGACAACGUGACCGUUACGUGCGUAGAGAAAAACCUCCAGCUCCAAUGUCCAAUCGCCAAUACAUAUCAGUUCUACGUACUCAUCGAACUUGCUUCAAGCCGACCUAAUGUUGGCCAACAUAUGGAAAAUGUUUUGGAAAAAGCCCUCGAUGACUCGGUGAUCGCCGAUGCUACGACGUCCGAUCAAACGUCGAACAUUAAUAAAAUAUGGAAGAUCCGAGAAUCAGGUAUUGAUGCGUUAUUAAAAUUGGGUUAUGUAUAUACUUUUGAUUUAUCAAUACCUUUAAAACAAUUCUACGAAAUUGUUGAACUGACCAGAGAGAAACUUAAGGACGUAGCGGAUUGCAAAAUUGUUAGUGGAUUCGGUCACAUAGGAGACAGCAAUUUGCAUCUAAACAUAGUGACAUCCAGAUGCGACGAGGAAUUGACCCAGUUAAUCGAACCUUUCGUGUACGGGUGGACGUCCAAGUGCGGCGGGAGCGUAAGUGCCGAGCAUGGGAUCGGUUCGGCGAAAACGCAUUAUCUAAAGUACACGAAGAGCGUCCAGGCCAUCGACCUGAUGAGGAGAUUAAAAAACACCAUGGAUCCCAAGUGCAUACUGAACCCUUACAAAGUAAUUCCUACCGCGACGGCAGAUGUCGCGGUGAGAGGUGAUCAGUAAUUUGAGGAUUAUAAAACUGUAUAGAUAAUAUUAUAUAUAUAUUUAAAUAUAAUCAUCGAUCCGUAGUGAUACACCUUGGUACGUAAGGAACUUUGUUUUUAUGCAAUAAAGGUUUUUUUUGUGCGUGGGGUGAGUUACUGUGGAAAUAAUUUACCCCAAUGCUGUCCAAAUCCCAAAGCUAUUUAAAUAUAAUAACAUUUUUUUGGAUCGAUUUAUUAUAAAUAUAUUUAAACAUGUAAA